GGCGGGCAGCAUAUGCGGCACCACCCACCCCCCCGCCGGGUCCCGCCGCGCCCCGGGGCGUCCCGCCGGCGGGGGGUCAGCGCCCCGCUAUAAAGCGGCGGGGCGGCGGGUGGGCUCUGAUCUCUCCGGCCAUGCUGCGGCUCCUCCUUUUCUUCCCGCUCCUCGGGGCAGCCGGCGCCCUGCCCGCCCCCCCUCGCCGCCACCAUCACCGCCGGGGCGUCGCGCAGCCCGCCGCCCCCUACCUCACGCGCUACCUCAGGCAGCAGAUUGAUCACUUUGGAUUUGAUGAAAAUCUUACGUUCCAGCAGCGGUAUCUCAUAGCAGAUCAGCACUGGAAGAAAGACAAUGGGCCAAUACUAUUUUACACAGGCAAUGAAGGAGACAUCACGUGGUUCUGCAACAAUACGGGUUUUAUGUGGGAUGUGGCUGAAGAACUUAAUGCCAUGUUAGUAUUUGCUGAACACAGAUAUUAUGGAGAAUCAUUGCCCUUUGGGAAUGAGUCUUUCAGCGAUUCCAAGCAUCUGAAUUACCUGACAUCAGAACAAGCUCUGGCAGACUUCGCAGUACUGAUCGAGUACUUAAAGACGAACAUUGCAGGAGCCCGUAACAGUCCUGUCAUAGCUAUAGGAGGAUCUUAUGGAGGAAUGCUUGCAGCCUGGUUUAGGAUGAAGUACCCCCAUGUGGUAGUUGGAGCUCUGGCAGCCUCUGCCCCAAUCUGGCAGUUUGGUGAUUUGGUUCCAUGUGGCACUUACUUCAGCAUAGUGACUAAUGAUUUCAAAAAGAGUGGGAUAGGCUGUUCAGAAAGCAUCCGGAAUUCCUGGAACGCUAUUAACAACCUUUCCUCAACAGACACAGGUUUACAGUGGCUUUCCAACACAUUUCAUUUGUGCAGCCCAUUAAAAAAUCUUCAGGAUGCUGCUAUAUUGAAAAACUGGCUGAGUGAAACAUGGAUAAACUUGGCUAUGGUGAACUAUCCCUAUAAAGCCGACUUCUUACAGCCUCUGCCAGCUUGGCCUGUACAGGAAGUCUGCAAGUUCUUGAAGGAUCCCAGUCUGUCUGACAAAUUGUUGCUGCAGAAUGUUUUUCAGGCAGUAAAUUUAUACUACAAUUACUCAGGAGAAGCCUCAUGCUUAGACAUGUAUGAGACUGCAACAAAGAAUCUGGGCCAGUUGGGUUGGUACUAUCAGGCUUGCACUGAGAUGGUGAUGCCCAUGUGCACAGAUGGUGUCAAUGACAUGUUUGAGCCUCAGAAAUGGGACUUUGAAGCACUUUCAGAUGAGUGUUACAGGCUGUGGGGAGUGAGGCCUCGCCCCUCUUGGAUUCUUUCUAUGUAUGGAGGGAAAAACAUCAGUUCACACAGCAACAUCGUCUUCAGCAACGGUGGCCUGGACCCGUGGUCUGCAGGUGGGGUGACCCAGAACAUCAGUGAUUCCCUCGUGGCAAUCAUGAUUCCGGAUGGAGCCCAUCACCUAGACCUACGCAGCCGCAACCCUUUGGACCCCAAAUCUGUGCAGCAAGCUCGAGACUUGGAAAUCUGCUACAUGAAGCAGUGGAUUGAAAAGGCCAGGCACAGCCACUGAAGUGGUACUGCAACAUCUGUGGCCGCUAUACCUCCGUUGGCUUUGGUGGGAGCAGGGCCAGGCCUUAUGCGUGGUCGUCCGAACAUUUCACUCCUGCUUCCUCACCUGUGUUGCAGUGCUAACCAUCGCUUGUGCUCAUGAGAGAAGCAGGCAGCAGACAGAUGGAGAGCGUUGUCAGAUAAUAAACUUUAGUCAAAGUGCAUGGAUUUUGCUGCCUGCUCUGGCUUGCUUUCCUCUUCUGCUCUUCUCAACUGUUAUACUUUACCAUAAAGUAAAGAGUUCCUGUUCUAGGCUUGAUGCCUUCCUCGCUGCGCUAGGUGACUGUCCUGACUGCUGGUAUCUACAGUGGAUUAAAUGGCAGUGCUGGUGAUGGUGGAACUCCUGCUGCUUUCAGUGGGAUGGAAUUUCAGAUGUCCUCAGAUGGUGUAAACUCACAGCAGGGGCAUGGAGAUAAUUGGGGAAAGGAAAUCACAUCUUGCUGUGAUGUUUGGCGGAGAGGUAGGGAAGGCUUGGGGAAACUGGCUGUGCUGUUUGUAAAGCAAUGAAACAGCCCUUACCCUCUGGAAUCGAUGCUGGAAAAGAAGUAAUAUAUUUUUUUUUCUUUUCCUUAGUUUCUGGCAGCUUAUUAAUCAAAGCUGCUUUAGGUGGCUUUUCCUUUCUGUGCUGUAGUGAAUGGUCAGGGCUGGGCCCAGACUCUGCAGAUAACUGGCCGAGCAUACACAAUCUGCAUCAGUUUUAUUUCUUCCUUUGCUGUUUGUCCUAAUCCUGAAAUAUCCGCCACUGUGAUGAUGGUUGCCAAAGAAAACUCUGGGUAUAUUUUGUGUAUGUGUGUAUCCCCCACAAAUGCUUAGCUUUUUCAAAUCAGGAAGCUUUCGAAGCUCUUCUCUUGAAGAGCAAAUGUGACACUUGUGCUGGCUAGAUCUUAUGAAGUGACAAAUAAUCGGGGCUGCGCCUUGUGUGGGUUCUCCCCUUCCCCCCAUUCGGUGUAUUGUUCAAAUUCUGCAUGAUCUGUUUGCUGAUGGCUCUUCAAUAAAAGCCUUUUUAAAAAAAUUGUUUGCGGGACGAACUAUUCAAAACACAGAAUGCAGCUAUCCUCUUGGAUCUGCCUAAAGCCUGAUGCUGAGCUCAACAAGCCAGGUGCACUGGGCUUUCUGUAAGGCUUCCAAACCAGACAAACUGCCCUGAUUCAUGAGACAGCAUAUUUGACAUUAAUAAAUGGCUGGGGCAGUCCCCUCGUCUUCCAGCUUUGGCUUCAUUCACACUGAAGCCCUUCAGAAAGGAUUCUUUGCAGUUUAAAGGACAACUCCGUUUUAGAAAGACUCGGGCAAGGCUUCUUGCCCCCAGACUCUUAAAAUUCCAAUUCUGUUGUAAGGUUUUCUCGGCUUUGAUGAUUUGCCUGAUAGUUGAGUAUUUUCCUAAGACACCAGGUGGCCUUUUCUGUUUCCAGUCUCCUCCCAGCCUCUGGGAACAAAGCGAACCCAACACUUAAAAUUUAUCUUUUAAAACACUCCUGUGCAUCUUCUUUCCAAUAGUGUUCCUGGUGUUCCCUCAUCUUGCAUUAAACGUGGCAUUUAUGCUCAGACUCUGCAAUCUGAACCUCUCAUGCUCUUGAACAAGGUAAUUACUUAAGAGACUGUAGAGAACAAGACCAGGGAAGAACCACAGGGGGAAAAGGAAUAGCUACGUAGAGCUUGCUGAAAGCUUUUUGCAAUCCCUUUUCCAAUCAUUCCCAUUUUUGAUACUCUCCUGUAAAUACACCCCAGUCUCUUGCUCAUGUACUUUAUAAUGACAUGAUGGCCUUGAAUUUUUUGAAACAAAUAAAAAUGAUUCUUUUCUAAUCAAGUGAGUUACAGUCAAAUUUUUAGAAAUACUGUUGCAUCUUCUUGUUAAUGGAUGUAUGACAAUAUCCUGGUUUACUGCAAGGCAGGGAAUGGACUCCUCAGGCGUAAAUAUAAAUUUGGUUUGUAACUGCAAGCAAGAGCCUGGUCCAGCUACUCCUGCUGAUUGCUCAGGUGCUGCUCCCAGUGCAAAUUCUGGGUAAAACACUUGAUGUUGUGUGGAGAAGGGCAUCAGGAAAUUCAUGCAAUGGGCUGUGAAUGGCCCAAAUAACCAGCCGCUGUGUGUAGUAACGCACAGUAAUCAGCUUGUGUCUCCUUCUCUCUCGCCCCUGCUGGCUAACCUACCGUCUCAGGAAACAGCUGCUGCUUUGUUGUUUGGAAAAUAUUUUGUAGUUUCAAACUUUCAUUCCUGGGUUGGUUUUUUUUCCCCCCCUUUUAUAAGCAGGAAAAAAUUUGCCUUUAAUGAAACUUGAAAGAAAACAAAUAAGCUGCCAUUUUGAAUUUUGAGAAAUUGUAUUUAAAAACAAAUUGUUCAGUCUUUUGUGGCUCGGAGUUUGUUGGGGUUUGGUUGAUUGGUUGGGUGUUAGUUUCACUGUUCCAUUCAGUUUCUGCCUGUGAGGCUCUGAUUCUGUAUCUUUGGAUCAGAUUCUUACUGCUUGGACCGGCUUAUGAAUUAGAUGAGUGGCUUUCUGUGAUUUUUUUUUUUUCUUAAAUUGUUUUUCCUUUUUACUUUUUUUCCCCCCUCAAGUUGAGUAGUUGAAACUUCAGGUCUUAUUUACCUUAAGCAUUCAGACUUCAUCUUAAAAUCUAUGUACACAUCUCUAUGCUGCUGAGGGACUGUCUGUGGUGCUUGGCUACCUCAUCCAAGCGUUGCCUCUCCUGCUUGUUUCAUGCAGGUGAGAACAAAAUGGGCCACAGGAAAUGGCUGAUUUCUCUCUCCAGAUAUAUGGUAAUGGGCCAUACUUCAUCUAAGGCUUAUGUAUGUCCUUGGCAUGUCAUGAAUGACUGGAAGUUAAAAAUGUAUGUUUUCUACGCGUUGGGGAAAAUGUAGAAGGAAACGAAUGUAUGAUUUGCCGAAAUCAUGAAUGUUAUUGAUGCAGUUUGUAUCAAUAAAAAUGAAUUAAAACAAUGAA